UGUAUUUUUUUAUCGAUAUAUUUCGUGUGAUCUCCUGAGAUAAUUUUCAUACGGCAACACUGUUAAAGAAGAGAGUGUUAAUUCAAAUAAAUGGUUAACACAGUUAUUGAAAGUUGAAUAGUCUAGUUGAUAUCUGUUCUAACAAAAGCAAAGAGUACCAGUUUAAAAAUGGUUUUUGUUACGCUUGUCUACAUUUUCCUCUCCCUGGUAGGUAUAAUUUUCUUUUAUAUCAAAUGGAAACAAUCCUACUGGAGUCGUAGGGGCGUUGACUAUAUAGAACCAGAUUUUUUUUUCGGAAAUACGACUGCUAUAACUAAACAAACACAACAUAGAAGCAAAGUAUUUGAAAGUUUUUAUCGUCAUUUCAAAUCGAAAGGACAAAAAUUUGGUGGUAUUUAUGACUUCUUUUCGCCGGUUCUUAUACUUACCGAUCAGGAACUGAUCAGAAACGUUCUUCAGAAGGAUUUUUCACAUUUCGUUAACCACGUUGGUUAUAUUAAUGAAGAUGCGGACGCUAUAACUGGAAACCUUUUUAACUUGAAAAACGAAAAAUGGAAGAACAUCAGAGCAAAACUGACACCAACAUUCACAACAGGAAAAAUAAAAAUGAUGUUCGAUACCAUGACACAAUGCAUCAAAGGAUUGGAAAAACUAUUAGACCAAAAUGCCGCUUUAAACGAUCCUGUGGAUAUUAAAAAAUAUAUGUUGCUGUUUACCUCUGACAUUAUAGCAACUGUGGCAUUCGGCCUAGACGUCGACAGCUUAAAAAACCCAGAAAAUGACUUUAGGAAACAUUUCGCAAACGUUUUCAAACCUUCGUUCAAAGGUCUCGUCAAAAAAUUUAUAUCCGAGAAUUUCCCGCGAUGGCUCUUAGUUGCUAUAAAAUUUAGAGUGACCAGGAAGGAAGCUGAAGAUUUUUUUAUAAAAGUAAUCAAAGACAUUGUCGAGCACAGAGAAAAAAACAACGUUUAUCGAAAAGAUUUCAUGCAUUUAUUAAUUCAAAUAAAAAACACUGGCGAAACUACAGAUAAUGAGAAUCUCAACUCUAACAGUACCAUAAAGCACUUGUCGUACAGAGAAAUGGCUGCUCAAGCAAUUACGUUUUAUGUUGCUGGAUUCGAGACGUCAACGACUACAGUGUGUUUCGCUUUAUUUGAAUUGGCUCUUCAUAGUGACAUUCAAAAUCGACUUAGAGAAGAAAUUCAGUCAGUAAUGAAGAAAUAUGAUAAUAAAAUAACGUACGAUGGCAUCAUGGAGAUGGAAUAUUUGGAUAUGGUAUUAAAAGAGAGUUUACGCAAGAAUUCUACAGCUUCAAGAAUUUCAAGAGAAUGCAACAAAGACUAUCCCAUUCCUGGCACCGAUGUUGUUAUUGAACAGGGAAUAGAAGUAUUGAUACCAGUUCAUGGACUUCAUAAUGAUCCGGACUAUUUCCCCGAACCAGACAAAUUCGACCCUGAACGAUUUAAUAAAGAAAAUAAGAAAAAAAUACCGCCUUAUGCGUAUUUGCCAUUUGGAGAAGGACCACGUAAUUGUAUUGGUUUAAGAUUCGGCAAGAUACAAUCGAUGGUAGGUAUAGUUGCCAUAAUUUCUAGAUAUAAAGUUACUCUGAAUGCAAAAACACAGCUACCUAUCAAAUUAACAUCAAACAGAGUACCAACCGUUGAAGGAGGAAUGUGGCUCAAUUUAGAGAAGCUUUCAAAUUAAAAUUAGAUUUCUUCAUGUAUACUAAUUUAUUGUUUUAAAAAGUAAGCUGUAGUAUGUAUAAUAUAAUUAACUAAGAUACGAUAUAUAG